AUGGACAUCCUGUCCUCCCUGUCCGGCGUCCCGGGCAUUCCCAAGGCCGCCAUGGUUGAGAUGGAACAGAGGACGGAGGCCUUGCUCAAGUCCAGCAGCUUCCAGGGAAUGCUAGAGUUGGAAAAGAAGUACAAGGUGGAGCGAUUGCGAGCAGCCCAAUCUCUUCUCCCUUCAUCCCAACACGCAGCACAACUCAAAGGCGCCACUCCCCCUCGGCCUGAGCGCCCAGACUCUGGUUUUCCACAAGAGCAUUUCCUCAUGGUCAACGCUACCAGACGCACCACUUGCCCGCCUCCGCUCUCCAUCAGUGUACCCCAAGCCGUCGACAGCGAAAGGCGGGGUCGACCAAGCGAACGGGAGGAUGAGCGUGCGAUUGAAGAAGAUACCGAUAUCGCGACUCCCACGAAUAGCGAGCCGUUUCAGAAGCAGGUCAAGUUCCUCGCGACAGACGACGACCACGACGAGGAGGACGGCAUGUCAGAGCAGUCAUCCAUCUGCCAGUCGCCCAGCUGGGAGGGCUACGGGCAGAGAAAAAAGGAAAAGAAGAAGGAGGCUGAGCAGCGGAGGAGGGAGAAAGAGCAGGCUGAAAAAGACGUCAGAGCCGCAAAGAAAAGGAACACUGCACGGUUAAGCAAGGCCCCGCCAGCCCCAGCAACAGCUACCCGCAAUUCUCGCCUUGUCGGCUUGAUGGCUGCAGAUCGCUCCAUGUCAGACUCGUUACUGGUCAGCCGCCAUCUACUACAGCACACGCAACCCAUUCAGCGGCCGGAAGAGGUCGGGCGAACUGUCUCGGCUGAUGAUAUCCAAAAUAGCCGAUUGCAUCGACCUGCAGUGACCCAGGUCCUCUCCGGUUCUAGCGACAAUUCUCGGCGCGCUGGGGGUCCCGCUGGUGGCAAACCUUCUCCUUCUGCGAUACCUCAUCAUUUGCUGUGCGACAGCGACUUAGCUUCAACCCACGACCUUCGCAGGGCCACGCCAGACGGGCCAGAACCUUUAAAUCACCAUGCGUCUUCAACACUCCCGCCUAGGCAUGGAAAUCGGUCUCCACGGGAUGCGGCGUUUCCACCCUCGGCUUCGAGAACUCCUAGGCUGCGACAUAUUUCUCCUUCUGCUGGUAACCGCAGCAACGGCAUGCUCCAAGGAACAACAAGCGCCAACCACUCACAGGAAUCAUUGUCUGCCGGUCCUACCGCAGACAGACCCCGAGGCAAUGGAUACGUGGUUCACCAGAGGGCACAGGCUGCAGAAUGGGCUAUGGCAGGGCUCGCGGAUGAGCAGUUGGUUGGGAACGUCGGCCAAUACUACCCCCCGUCAAAAUCCAGUUCUGGACAGACUCAACCCACAAGGCGGUCCUCUCUAACGCAGGACGCCAGGUCUGUGGCGAUGAAGCUCGUGGGGAUGAAGACGCCGUCAUCUGGCAGGGAAAGUGCCAGUCAGGCCAAUUAUUUGACUUUCAAGGCUAUUGCCUACUCUGAUUGCGGUGUUGAUGCCUCGGCGUCGGUGGCAAGCAUGCCCACGUUGCCCAGAAAGGUAGACGGUGAAGAUCCAUCAACCUCUGAAGCGGCCAUCAUGGGCAGCGAUAGCGAACUGCAUGAAGCCGAGGCUGCCCUUCAACGCCCUACCACGUCGCAGAGCUCUCUUAGUUCAAGUGGCCCAUCCCUUACCGGUUCGGCACCCGGCAGCCGGAGCAAAAUGGCCCGGAGCCUGAAGGAUGCCGCAAAAGCCGCUCUGGCUAUGUCCAAGGGCUCGCAGAUACCCACAGAUACCUCCACGCCAACCAUUUCAAUGCCGCCAUUUCUUGCACUUCGAGCUCGUUUGCAUUCUCGAACAUCGGUUCAUACAGAGAACAAGGCAUCUCGGGCAGCCGAGGCUGCUCGUGACCCUGAAUUGGUAUGCGUCCUCUUGCAUUCAGCUUUUCUCGCAUCCAUCAAACCACAAGAGAUCGACGCGCAAGAACCUUACAGGGCAUCUGAAGGCUCUUCCUCAUCGUCCGCCUUCGAAGAUGGGUCACCGCUUCCGUCUCCCACGACCACUCCAGACACAUCGCGGCCGCAAUCAGCAAAGGACAUUCCAUUGGCCACGAGCGACCUCACCAAGGUGAACGCCCAGCCUGAUGGGCUGCAGGACGAUGAGCAGACGCUUCGCCAGUCUCUGGAUUCCAGCAAGUCAAGCACCCCUCGUGUUGGCGACUCGGUAGCACGUGAGAGCAUCCAGGCGGGCGCCGAAGACCGGUGGAGUAGGACAGCCUUGCCCAUCGACAUGGACUGCGAUGCCCAGUCUUUCAUGACCACGGUCUCCCACUUUGACAACGUGGAUACGGAGCAGCUGUCUUCAAACAGCCCAUCGUUACCCCCGGCGGGGUCUGGACAGCCGAAAGCCCUGAAGCCAGUAUCCAGAAGCAGCAGCCGCUCUGGAGAUGCUGAACCCGCAUUAUCGAUUCCUCCGCGGUCUCGGGAACGGAAUCAAGCUACACCAGUGGGUUCACCAACUGUCUCCUCUUCUUCCGGAGAUGAGCGGCAUGGCGGUGUGGUAACAGAGCACACCACGCUGGACGUAUCGGUGGAUCUUGGGGAGACGCCCAGUAUCAAAGAAUCGUCGAUGUUCAGGGCCUCGACAAGCUAUGCGAGACCAUUUCAGCAGGGGGAAGAGAAGGAAUCGGGUUUGAGAGUGUCGGAAGGGCACAAGGAGCGGCACCGCGAGAAGUCGACAAAGACAGCAAGACACGACAAUAUGUUGGGCGUCAGAGAACAGGAAGAGGAAGAGACAAUCGGGAUUGCUGCUCAAAAUGUUUCGCAGCGUGAACAGAUGCCAGGUUCGAUAUCCGGGCCCAGUUCAGUUGGGUCGAUGUCUCCAGAUGCUCCCAGCUCAGAGUUCCAGGUCUCCAACAACCCUUUUUUCGCAAAUUUUCCCGAGACAUUCAAGCACCAUGGAAUUUUGAGGGAGAUACCAACUCCAACUGGGCCUCCGUCUCCGGUUUCCCUACCGAGCCCGCUUCACCCAGUGCCUCCGCAAUCCGCAGCGCAACCUCGGGCGAACUCUGCUCCAUCUCCGUCUCUAGCAUCAACAGCAACAUCAAGAACGUCUACUCCGUCGGCUAGGUCGCCAGGAACGCCGCCCGUGUCGAUCCUGAAGCAGCCCAAGACUUCGACAUCAGAGCAUAGACCCCAAAUCCUCUCGGCGCUCCCCAAGCACAUGCAGUUACAGACGGGCUCGCCGGCGCGGCCACCGACGACAUUGGCCGAAACACGGAUGGCGCCGAUUGCCAAGAUGCUUGUCGAGUGCUGUAGCUGCAAGUUUUACCACGACAUGCCGUCCAAGAUCUACGAAUGCAUGGCCAAACCGGACGCCGUCAUCGAGGACAAGCUGCUAGGGAUAUCGGGCGCCAUCACCACCAUGGUCAAGUGCCCGUGGUGCCAGCACAAUAUGAGCAGGAAUUGCUGUGCGGGGUAUGCAGCCGUGGUGUACUUGAAGGAGAAGUUGCAUUGA